UCACAAAGAAUUGUAUUCGCGUUAAUGUUGGAAAUAGGAAAAUGAUAAAAAAUAUAAAAAUUUUAUGAAGUACUUUAUUCCCUUACUCGAUUUCUUCUCAUAGAUUCUAACAAAAUUGCAUAUUAUAAUUGUGAAUAGAUUCUGUUCAUUUGGUUAAAUGUAUGUUAGGAAGGAAUAGAGUUGGGUUUAAUGAAGUUAACUUUUAUUGAGUACAGCAUUCUGCAUAGUUUUCCGGUGACGCGUUGACAAUGCUGACUGUAGGUUUCAAUUUUAUCACGUUCCCUUUUAUGUAUGAUGCAAAUUUUAUUUUUACGCGAUCUGAAAGAACGCACAUACAGUAAAGGUGAUUGUUUUACAGAUAUAGAUGUAAUAUACAUCUGAAUACAGUUGGAAGGUAUUAAAACUACGUCGAGUGAAUUGUAAUGAAUAUCUGUUAGUUCGCAAAUUUUUAGAAAUCUGUGAGAUCUUGCUAUAAUGCUUGAAUUAGUAUGCGUACGUAUGUUUCCUAGAAAUGGCCCAGCUUUACUUCCGAAUAAAUUCUACUUCCCUUGCUCCGAUUUCUACAUUUUUGAAAGCUCAAUUUACCAAGAAAGGCUGUCAUUACUUACGAUUUUGACUGCAAUUCUAUACCUAUUUUUUUUAUAAAGAUUUAGAUUUAUAUUUGCUUUCUGAAUAAAAGCAAAAUACCUUGUAAAACAGAUAUUUUAAUGCCAUCUACAGAUACCAACACAGUUGUAUGCAUAAACUUGUAUUUUAAAAAGACCGCCAUUAAAGAUUUUUAAAAUUCUACCGUGGCGCCAUCUAUAUAAGAACGGCGGAAACUACUCAACAAGUUACCAACUGACUUGUCGACUAGUUUCCGCAGUUUCCCGAUAGGUGGCGCUCGAGUAGUUUCCGCCAUUUUCGUAUAGAUGGCACUAUAGAAUUUUGAAAAUAUUUAAUUUGUAGCGAUCUUUUAAAAAUACAAUUAUUUCUUUUUAUGAGCAAUUUAAUUUUGCAAUUAAUUGAUAAUUAACAUAUGACACCACCAAAGGCUUCAUAAUGAAUCUUUCAUUUGGUAUCAAUGAUAUAUUGAAGCAAUCUAUUAUUACUGUCAACUUGUGUUAGCCUUUUGUAGUGUUUUAAUCUGUGAGUAAUGGUAGUCAUUGCUUGACGCGUCUUAAACAUGGCAAAUCGCACAGUAAAAGAUGCGAAAUCUAUUCGAGGUACAAAUCCUCAAUACCUAGUAGAGAAAAUAAUUAGAUCCCGAGUAUAUGAUUCUAAGUAUUGGAAGGAAGAAUGUUUUGCCUUGACUGCAGAACUUUUAGUCGACAAAGCUAUGGAAUUAAGGUUCAUAGGCGGUGUAUACGGAGGAAAUGUAAAGCCCACACCAUUCCUUUGCCUCAUAUUAAAAAUGCUCCAAAUACAACCUGAGAAAGACAUUAUAGUAGAAUUUAUAAAGAAUGAGGAAUUUAAAUAUGUUCGUGCUCUUGGUGCAUUAUACAUGAGAUUAACAGGAUCAUCUCUAGACUGCUAUAAAUAUUUAGAACCAUUGUUCAAUGACAACAGAAAAUUGAGGAGACAAAAUAAGGAAGGUAAAUUUGAAUUGAUUCACAUGGAUGAAUUUAUAGAUGAUCUUCUAAGGGAAGAAAGGUGCUGUGAUGUUAUUUUACCAAGAGUACAGAAGAGACAUGUUCUUGAAGAAAAUAAUGAACUAGAGGCCAAAGUGUCGGCGUUAGAAGAUGACAUGGAUGAAGGAAUAGAGUCUUCAGAAGAUGAAGAUGUACCUCCAGUUAAAGAAGAUACGCGAAAGAGAACGGAAGAUCACGACAGAGAUAGAGAUCGUCACAGGGAUAGGGAUAAGAGACACUCGCGUUCUGAUAAGAAAUCUGAUAGAGAAAAACAAAGAUCGAGAAGUAGAGACAGGGAUAGAGACAGAGAUAGACGAGAACGUAAACGGAGUAAAUCGCCAAAAAGUUAUUCCUCGUCGCAUAAAGAUAAAGACAGAGAUAAGGACCGACAUAGAAGAGACGACAGGGAUAGAGACAGAGAUCGAGAUCGAGAUCGAAGACGAGAACGCGACAGAGCUAGACACUGAACACUGCAAUUUAACAAACUCUGUACAGAAGGUAAAUAUUAACUUUUAUAAUUAUCAGGUGAAUAAAAAAUGUAUAGUGAUACAA